ACGGUCGAUCGGCGAGAUUCAAAAUUUAUAGUGUCAUUAAAAAUGCAAAAUUCGGAAAAAGAAGAAUCCAGUCGAACAUCAUUGAACUUGGCGUCAUCGUUCGCCGACAGUGACUGGACACGCAAAAAGGUAAAAAAGCAGCUCGCAGACCGUGGAUAUCUAAUCAAAAAGAGCAUUGGUGAAGGAUCCUACUCGAAGGUGUACUAUACGGAGCUCGCCCAGCCGGGUCAGCAGUUUCCGGUUAGGCGGGCUUGUAAGAUCAUCAACCGGCGCAGGAGCACGAUGGAGUACUCCCAGUUUUUGCCGAGGGAAAUUAAAACGAUGAUUGCGUUGUCGCAUCCCAACAUCGUCACGGUCUACUCUGUGUUCGAGUUCGGCCCGUACGUGUGCAUUUUCAUGGACUACUGCCGUUGCGGAGACCUGUUGCAGCGGAUCAUGGAACACGGGAAACUGUCGGAAGAAAAAGCUCGCCUAUUUUUCGGACAGUUAGUUUCUGCCGUGCAGUACAUGCACUCUAAAGGCUUCUGUCACCGGGAUAUCAAGUGCGAGAAUGUUCUGCUCUCCAGUCCGACUCACGUGAAGCUGUCAGAUUUCACUUUUUCGAAAAAAUGCGGCUGUGAAGGCGGUGGUGGUGGUGGAAAACUAAGUGCAACUUUUUGCGGCUCGGUGGCCUACGCAGCUCCCGAAAUCCUCAAAGGAAUCAGCUACGACCCGAAACGGUACGACAUGUGGUCGCUCGGUUGUGUGCUGUUCAUCAUGGUGACCGGAACGAUGCCGUUCGACGAGAGCAACAUCAUAGAGACGAUUGGAAGGCAGGAGCGAAAGGAGUACUUCUACCCGGCAGAUGUCAAACCGAAUCCAACGGUUAUCGAGCUGAUUGACAGACUGAUCGAACCGGAUGUGGGCGCCCGGGCCUCCAUCGAGCAGGUCAAGCAGCACCCCUGGUUGGAGGAGAAAGACUGA